GCUUCGGUUUCUGCAGUGCUUAGUUUCCCCAAAUUUACCCAUAUAAAGCCUUUCCCCUCCCUUUUGUAUAUAUAUAUCUAUAUCGCUCUCUUGGACCUCCACCUCGCGCAAUCUCUAUGUCCUUCAUCUUCCGCCGCUUCUUCUCCAGCACCACAUCAACCAUGUCCGACGCCGCUACUCAGAAGGCUAAGCAGCUGAUCAACGACAACGCUGUCGUUGUUUUCAGCAAGUCCUAUUGCCCCUACUGCUCCAACACCAAGCAAAUCCUCGACGGCCUCAAUGCCAAGUACGCUACCUACGAGCUCAACCAGGAAAGCGAUGGCUCCGAUGUCCAGGACGCUCUUCUCAAGUUGACCGGCCAGCGCACUGUCCCGAACAUCUUCAUUGGCAAGCAGCACAUUGGCGGUAACUCCGAUCUCGAGGCUGUUGUCAAGAACGGCAAGAACGGCAAGAAGAUCCAAGAGCUCCUCCAAGAGGCGGGCGCUCUGUAAGUCGCUCUCCGCAAGACACGUUAGAAACAACCUCGGUGUUCUCGAAGGACACAACUGUCUGGGUUGAAAGAAACCUCUACAGGGAGAACCGUCGGCAAAGGGGAAAAGCGCUCGAGAGGCUCAAAUGGUGGGAGACAUCACGAGAGCCCCGUGGUGUGCGUGGCGCCAUGGGCCUCUACUUCUGCUAGUAGUUUUUGUAAAUGCGGGAUGGGAUACCCAGGGAUCUAUGAAAGGGUGGCUAUUCGUCUGAAGCGGUUUUGCGAAAAUAAAGGCAUUGGAAUACCCCAACAUCAUGGUCAU